AGUGCGAACGGUCCUUGCGUUUUUAUAUUUCAGACCCAUUAGUGACAUAAUCUACUUUCUGUUUCCGUGUUUUCUCUCAAGUUCUUGCUCAAACCAAUAACUUCUUCAUAAUCAUUUAUAUUAAUGAAUUUUUUUUGUUUAAGCAAAGAAAUUCUUGUAGUGUACCAAAGCUAUCGAGUCAUAUCUUGGCUGUAAUAGUAUUAUAAAUUUUAUGUUUUUCGGUAAAUAUUGCAAAAUCUAAAAGUACGAAUUGCAAAAUAUUAUAGUCAGUUUGCCUCAUCCAUAAAAAUGAUACCUUAUUCAUGAUUACAAUAACUAAAAUAAAAAGGUCUAUUUAUUCUGUAAAAUAAAUUACUGUGCAGCUGUUUCAUCAUCGAUUUUUAAAAAUUGUCAAAAGGUUUGGUGUUUCAUAUGGUAAUCAAUACUAUUUAUGACUUGUUGAACGUUCGAAAUAUUCUCAAAAUUAAAAUAUAAAAUGGUACGAGUGGUUUCCUGUCAUCAUUUUGUUUCUCAAGACGUUUUUCUUUCUGAAAAUGAACCAGUAGCAUUUUGUGGUGCGCAAGAUAAGUUGUUAGUUUCCACUACGCAACAUGCCGUCAAUAUUCAUGAUUUAGAUGCCCGUGGAAAUGUACUCCAUUCUUUCCCAACUGUUGAUAUAGUUAAGCAAAUAUUGUAUUGUGAAUCAGGAAAUUAUGUGGCAACAAUUGAAAGUAAAGCAUCAUGGCAGAGUAAUAAUGUAUCUUAUGUUAGAGUUUAUUUUAAAUGGUGGAUUGAUGUAAACAGUCAGCCUUUGAGAGUACGAGUAGCCGGAUCUACAAGUCUACCCAGUGAGGAUCAUCCUUCAAUGAAAAAGCAAUUUGAAAUGGUUGAACUGCCAUUAGAGAAACCGGCUAUAUUCAUUGCAUCUUGCAGCAAAACUUCAGCUCUGGCUGUGAGUUUAGGAAACAUAAUAUCUGUAUUUUGUUUCAGCACAAAAAUCCACCCAGCAUCGAAACAGACGUAUCACGAUUUCGAUCACUUCGUCGACAUCACUACUCCUAUUUUCGUGAAGCAAGUCACCAUAUGCGAGAACUACUUUGCUUGCAUGUCUGACAAAGCAGUGGUUGUUUUUAAAGUGUGUGAAAAUGAUGACGAUAACGAUUGCUCGGAUGCUGUGCAUGAAGAUAAAAAUUCGGAAUUAGUCGAUGAGAAUUUUGUUGAAUGGAGAUUCGAGUCCUGUACUUACAGUGGCUCUAAAGAUAAAGUGUGGGAGAAUCAUAUUAAAGAAAAACUCCAUCCAAAUUCAUUUCCCAUCAACAUUCACUUACAUGCCAUCGACAAGGCAAAUGAGAACUUCUCUGAAGACCAUGAAUGUGAGUUCAAUGGUCCACUUCUGACCGUAAAAGGGUGUACGGUCGACAUCCGGCUGAACUCGAGAACGUUUGAAAUGUUCCCAGCGAUUUCAUCCAAUAUUUAUUCUGUGAUUUUAUUAUUUAGGCAAUUUGUUUUCAAAGAAAAUGAUGGGCCAUUAAAAUCAUUGCAGCUUAUACCAUUUCAUGAGUUGGAAUCUUCCAAAGAGGGUUUUUUCGAUCCUUUGAAUGCUGCUGCUUCAGAAUCUGAAAAGUGCAGUUUCUCUCUCCCUUGGCCAAACAUCACAUCUGGCCACUCCUCUUUGAAGGCGAUGGGUGUUUUCUUUUCAACUUGUCUUGAAGGCUUCCUCUAUAACAUUACUAAAGAGACACAAUUUGUUGAUUCGUAUGUAUAUACUUCCACAAUGAAAGGUGUUUUCUUGGAAGCUUCUCUACUGCAUGCGCUAACAGAUACUGGUCUGGAGACGUACACUGUGCACCUACCUCAUUCCAUCUUAGAACAAGUAGAAAGUGUUGAUAAUGUUAAAAAUAUAGUUCCAAAAUAUGACAGCGAAGUAUGUCUUCUUGGAUUGCGUCCAUUUCUUGGUGUUGAUCACUUGGUUAAAUCUGACAACCAUUUAGUUUUGGUUUCUUCCUUAGAAGAUUCUGUUUCAAAUUCUGACACUGAAGGGGGCAACAGGUCAACUUUAUAUUCUUUAAAAGAGCCAUCACCUUCUCAGGUAUUCAUGGACCUGCUAGAGGUUGCAGAAUGUCAAAAAGUUUCUAGUCCUUUCACUUAUCACGACCUCCUGAGCGAGGCUCACAUGAUUUUGAGGGCACAAUGUUUCUUGGGCCCAAAUAAAGAAAUGGAGGUCCUGCUUAAGAAAUCCUGCCUCUUACUGGCUGAUUAUUAUAUUUGUUCUGAUGCCUCCCUCAAGCUAAAUGCUGUUCCUUAUUACCAUUUGUCUCAACUUUCUACAGAACUUGUCCUCAAGAGGAUCUUAGAGUUUCGUCUUCAACCCAAGUAUGGCAAUAUUUUAAAGCCAUUGAUCGCCUAUGUGAAUUCCAAAAUAUUCAGUGAAAGUAAAAAUGUGUCUUUCCCUUUACCCCAAGCAGUUGCUGACCCUAUUUUGUCUGCUUAUGCUGAUGAGUCACCUGAAAUGCUGUGGAAAAUAGUAUUAUGCUCCGAUUUUACCGGUUACAAACUUGAUAAAGCAAUUUUGCUGUUGAAGCGAAGAUUGACUAAUAAGAAACAUCCUCUCAGUCCAAUUAGUAAUGCUGCUGAUACUGUUGCUCUUGUGUAUUUACUUCUACUCAAGGGCACCACAGAAGCUGCAGAAAAUGUGAUUUUAUCUGUUUCAAAGACUGAUCUGUUGAGCAUCAUUACAAACAUUCCUAACAAACUUUGGUCUGGCAUGAGUUUGACUUCUUUUGGCAAAUUUAUGAAACAGACGAGACCAGAUGCGUUUGUUGAUUUACUUAUCAGCUACGUUGACAAGAAAAUGUAUAGUCUUUCUGACGUUAUUCAAUUUUUACAGUCUGAGUCCCCAAAUACAGAUCUGCAUUGUGUUCCACUUUUGAGAGAAUUUCUGGAAGAAAUACUAAAAGAUAAAUCAAUGAAAAAUGAUUCCGCUGCAAUGGCACUUUUGGUAAAACUUUAUCUAAAGCAGUUACUAGACUCUACUGGAAAGACCGAAUCUGGAACAAACUCUCCUUCUAUAAUAGAAAAAUUUCCCGAACUUGUGCACUUUCUUCGCCUCUGGAUGGGAUGAAGAAUGCAGAAAAUAAGUCCUGCAGCUGCUGGAACUGCAAUGAAAAUUUACUGAGAUUGCAGUCCUUGUUGUCAUACAUUGGCCCUGUAGAGGAAAUCAAGGGAAUGGUUUUGGAGUUCCUGUAUUCAGCUGGAAAUAAAAACCUCAACUGGUUAAGCCUUGAGGUAAUGUGCUCAAGUGAGGCGCAGGCCAUAAAGAUGCUGAUAGGAAUGGUGCCAAGAGCGCUCCUUCCCUUUGCCAAAGAAAUCUUCAAAGCAGAUAAAAAGAAGUGGUCCUUGUUGUUUUCCUUGUUAAAUGAACACAUAAAUGCUCUUCCUGAAGAUCAUCCUAAUGCUGAAACAUACGCAAAAACAUUCCAAGCUGUGCUCGCCCACCUGGCCGAAACUUUAUCUGUUGAGGAAAUACUUAGAUUGUUACCACAAGAAUCAAAUCCAGUGUUCUUGCCACAUGUGAAGCGCUGCGUAGAAAGGCAUCAGGCCGACCUGCUGAGGAACAAGAUUGUCUCUUUAGGACAAGAAAUCAAACUGAUGAUGCAUAGCUGAUUCUGAAAAAAGGAAACGUCCAAUUAUUAUUAUAUAGAGAGAGUAUGUUGACCACUUGUGCAUUACUUUAAUUGGUAAACUUAACUAGGUGGCCACCUUAUAAAGAAGAAUUAUUUUUUUAUCAUUUUUAAAUUAUGUUAUUUUUAUAUACAUGAUUCAUACUUUCCAACUUUUUCGGGUUAUCCAAAAAAAUUCAUGGACUUUUGUUUGAUUUUACAAAUUUUCAGAUAAACGCCAACUUUUAAUAGGAUUGUGUGUGUGGAAUGUGUAGAAACAUUUCACAUUUUGAUUUAGAAAAGAAAACUCCUAAGAUGAUCUUUUGAUAGAUUACUUCCGACCUCAAAAUACAUAUUUAAUUGUACUGUGUCCCUAGGAUUUAACAUAAUUAAAUUAUUUUCUGUUUGAA